AUGGCUUCAAAGAAGAAUUCAAAAGUUAAGCUGAAGAGUGCUUGUGAUAAGAACUGGAAAGAAGUAGAAGAUUUUGAUAUCACUGUGUAUGAAGAGGACUCAAAUGAUUUUAAAGACAAGGUGAAUGUGAAUGCAUCACGAGGGAAGAUCAAGUUUUGUCUCCCUUUAAAAGUCAACCAAAAUAAUGACCAUCAUGGUCACAAGCCUAAAGCAGACACCAGCAGUAUCACACAGGAGUCUCUGAGGAGCUCUGAUGAUGAUUUCCUCCCAAGUCUCAAGAGGAAACAGAUAAAAAGGAAAGGUAUUGACAUUCCCAAGCCAGGAAAAGGGUCUGGUAAAGAAGGGGUGGAAGAUCAUAGUGGAGACUUUGUAUCUGAUGAGAAUGAUGAGUCUCUAGUUACUGUUGCUGAGGACAAUCAUUCAGCUGCAUCUCAGGUUACUUCUUCUACUCCAUCCUCUGAUAAUAAGACAAAGGGUAUUAUGAUGUUCUUCAGACCCUCACCAAAGACUUAUCUUUCAGAAUGUAGUAUUACUGUGGUGAAGACAAAGGCAUUGGUGCACGCUUGCAGUGAUCCAGAGCUCAUGAAUGUCUCUAGUCCAGAUCCAUUGGUCAAUGCUAAGCAGUCCUUUAAAAGGAAGUCAAGCAUAGGAUCCAGAAAGGGGAAAAGAAACAAUUUAUAUGUUGAAGAUGAAGGGAACAUAGAAGUAUUGAGUAGUUCUGAGGAGUUGAACAAAGAUGAUCCCAAGACAGAAGACCAGAAAUAUGUUGCCUCAUGUGACCCUUGUUUUAUGGUUUCAUCAAAGGAUAGAAUUGCAUGUGAGAAAGUAGAGGACCAUAAAAGUGACUCAUUGAUUACUUCUCCAAAGCUGUCAGCAGAAGAUUCAAUCUUAGAAGGAUCCUCUGGAUAUCUUGAAAUGACUUGUCAUACAUCACUAAAAGGUGAGAAUAAUUCCAUGAAAAAUGAAUGCAAAUCUUCUAAUCCCAAUGGGAAAACAUCAGGAAAAACUCAAUGCCACAGACAAAGUUCAUUGCAACAGCUGUUUUCUGAACCUAAGUCAGAUAAGAAAAAGGCUAAUCAUCUUGUUCCUGAAGCUGAGGUCUCUCUUAAAACGGAUUCAGAGGAUACAGAGAAAUCCAAUAAUGAAUCAGUUGAAAAUAUUUCCUAUGAGGAGAAGGUGGAGUCAUCAAAUGAUGCUGCUGACAGAGAGAUUCCAGAGGAAACACCCAUUCCAAAGGCAGGUGAUAGUGCUAUAUCCAAAAAGCAUUUUCAAGCCAAAUCCAAUGUAGAGGAUAUUGUUAUAUCUUCAGAAGACUCAGAUGAUGAAGAAAUAAAAAAACCAAGACGAAAUAGCAAGAGGCUCCUGGAUUCUCCUAGCCCGAAUAAAAAUUCUUCUGCCUCUGGCAGGAUGGAAUCUAACUUAUCAAAAUUGCCUGUUAGGACUAAAGGUAAAUCAGAUGAAGCUCCUAAGGAAGCUAACAAAAAGUUCAGAUGUUCUUCUGGUAGGAAUAUCCACAUCAAUCAAGACUCGAGUGAAGGUGCCCCAAGCAAGUCAAGGGGAUCAUGUCAAGUGAAACUUGUAUUCUCUAAGUCAGGAAUGGAAAUGGAAACAAAAGGAAAGACAGUUGAAGUGAUUGAAGUGGAUCCCAGUAAUACAAAGCAAAAAAUGACAAAAGUCCUUGCUUCAAAGUCUGAACCAAGCCAGAAAAGUUCAACAGCAAGAAGAGAUAGUCUUGAAGACAAAGAAAAGCCUAAAGACAUAACAGGACAUACUGUUGAUAGCCUGGAAGAAGAUAUCAACCAGUUUGAUAAUGAAACAGCAGUUGCAAGGCGGAGUGGGAGGCUGAAGAAUAGGAAAACAGUGAACUAUGCGGAGAAUAUGACAAGUCCUCGAAAAUCCAGAUCAUCUAGGAGAGAGAGGGAGAAGGAGGCAGAAGAGGGUGGAGGAAAAAUGCAGCAUUGUGACAGUACAAGCCUUGAUAAAGGUCCAGUGAAGCUUGCACCUUUGUUCCUCCCACGUGCUGCUAAGGGGGUACCUCCUCCUACGCCCCCUGAAGACCCUGCUGUCCUUGCAGCCAGGAAAGAAUUUCUCCUGAGUGGGUUACCAGAGGAAGUGAAGAGAGUUACAUCAAGUACCAUUAACUAUGAUGACCUGGAAGGUGCUCCUUUCCCUGAAAUCAGUCAUGUGCGGCAAACUAGUGAUUGCUUGGAUGAUUCCUCUGCCACAUUACCCAUGCGUGUGCUAGGUGACCUGAUUCCUUUGAGGAAAAACUUUGACAUGUAUAAGUUAAAUUCAGUUGGAACUGGGAUGCAAGAAAAAAGUUUGGUUCCAUGCAAUGAUUCCAGGAGAAUAUCAGGGAAGUUCUUUGAAUUCAUUCAGGAAAAUAAAGAGGUGUUGGAGGCUGUGUGUGAACAAGGAAAGAAUGUUCUGCCAUCACCUCCUCAUAUUUUGCGAGACAGCCUUCAAGCACGCUAUAAGAAGGCAGAAGAAGACAGGAUGCAUUUUGCAACAGAAAGAGAUAUGGAUGUCAUUGAUAUAUCACAGUCAGAUAAUGAUUCACCUGUGAAGCCAGGAAAGAAAAGACGGAAAAUUCAAAAGAAGAAAAUACCAAGGAAAAAGAGGAAGAAGGCUGAUGAUGUAGCUGAGAUACUUUCUGAAACUGGAAAAAAAGUAGAGGUGUUUGAAGUGCAUGCAUCGCAUAGCAGAAGUGGGAAACAGGUGCUGCAACAUCUUCGAGAGGCCACUCUUUCACAUCAAGUGAAAGGGAAUCAUUCUGAAGGACCAAGAAAAGAUGCAGAGGAAGACUGCAGGAACAAGUCAAAAAAGGCUCUUUCCUUAAUCUUAUUUGAUGAUAUUGAUCUUGUUUUUGAUGAUCUGGAUUUGGGGCUGCAUGCAGCUGUGCGGUCUUUGCUAGGGAGCACCAAACGCCCUGUUGUCAUGACAGCUUCCUCUCCUGCAGUUUUAGAGCACUCUUUCCUUGCCAAGGCCAUUGCAUUGGCCAUUCCUUUCUUUCCGGUUGCAUCUGAACCCAUCAGUUUAUAUCUGCAGCUUGCAUCAGCUGUAGAAGGUUUCAAAGUCAAUAAAGCUGUGUGCAAUGAAAUAGCUGAAUGGAGCCAUGGUGAUGUGAGAAAGGGACUUAUCAACCUACAAUUGCUCCUUGAAUCUGGGAAGCAGGAGAUGAAUGACAUCUUUGAGAAGGGGCUGGUUUCCAAAGGAUUGAGUGAAAUCCGAGCUAAUAUACCAUGGCAAUUACCUCUUCAUCUUCAAGUUCUCCCAGUGCGAAAACCUGACUACAUCAUCCCCCCUCUAGAGGAUGAUGAUGGGAGGCUGGAUGUCAGCUGGGCAUCUCUGGACAAAACUAUUUUCUCAUGUUCUGAUGAUGAAGGUGGAGAACCAGAAAAAACCGAUGGUGGUGCAAACUGCAGGGGCCCCGAAGUUGUCUCCAGUGAUCCUCCUGAUAAGUCACAAAUGCAAAAGAAAGUAGAUGUGAGAACCCAGAGGUGUCUCAACCAGUGUGUUGAAGCUAUGGCUCAUCUGAGUGAUACCUUCAGUUUGGUGGACACCAUGUGUGCUGUAGGAGUAGAAAGGAUAAGAGCUCCUGCAUGGUGGGGGGCAACAGUGUUGCCAGGACUUUCAGAGAAACUUCCCAUUUCAGACAGAAUGUUGUGGCAGGAAAGAGACAUUCAUGAAGAAAUUGUACGCUGUACCGCUGAUGAGAAUAUUAGAUGUACCAGACAGACUCUACUUAGUGCUCUGCAAGAUCAUUUUGGGGGCCCUUCAGGACCAGAUGCAGAACCCUUCACCAUUCCUGUACUUGAUGUGGAACAAAGAUGGAGGUUCGAGGACCAUUAUGGACUUCCCAACGAGUAUUUCCAGGAGAUGGGUAAGAUAUAUGACUACCUGACGAAAUCUCUCCAGGACAAUGUCUUGGCUCGUGACUCCUACUGUGCUGAGACCCUGGCUGGGUUCCGAUCUCUGUGUCGAGCUCAGCUCGUCAGUAGCCAGGCCAAGCGAAAACGUAGAAGACUUACUGCUCUCCCUUCAACUGUCAGUGGUAUUGAUCUCUCAGUUGAAGAACUGCACACCCUUUGUGCUGCUCUCAUGUGAGAAGCUGCUUUUUAUCAUAUUGCGUC